UAUUAUAACUUAAGAAAAAGUCAUAAUAUGUCCCCUUUGAAUACACAUCAACACAUCAUAGCUGCGUUGAUGUGGUUUUUAAAAACAAGCCAUUUGAACAACCUGCAGAACUUGAAUAUAGAGAAUGUAUCACGGUAAAUACAGUUAAUGCAAUACCAGGAAAUAUUUAGUAGUGCCCAUUAAUUCAUAUAUAUCAGGGGUGUCAAACUCAAACGCACACGGGGCUGAAAUGAAACUCUGGGACGGAGUCGAUGGCCAAACUUAAUAUUUUUUGAAAAAGUGACGGCAAAUUUGCACAUUUUCUUUAUCAACAUAUAUGCAAUUUUGAACCUUUAAAUUUGGAAACAAACAUAUUUCUGCAUUAACACUGAAUGUGGAAUAACCAAAUGACACACGAGCAAGUCAGUUUUAAAUAAAAUGCAUCAGUGGUAUUCAUUACUUGUGGUAUAUUCAGCAUUUUUAAAAUCUAUUCAGGAUUUAUGUUUUCUUGUUUAUUCAUUUUUCUUAUUUUUUAUUCUCCUUUUUUCUCCUGUAAUACGUGUCAUCGCUGCUGUGACAUCUAGCUUUCCCCACUGAGGAACAAUAAAGGGAUUUUCUAUUCUAUUCAUCUAUCUGCAGCCUUUCCACUUCCUGUUUACUGUAGGUUAAAUCUUUUCUCACGGGCCAACAACAAAAUAAAAAUAUCAUUUUAUCUUAAAUGAAAAUGCAACAUCUCACCUGUUAACUUUCAUGUUUUGGAGCAGAAAAAGAGCAUAAAACCUAAAUAUUUAAAGCUCAGUUUGCUGCACUGGUUUACUGUGAUGCUCACCUGUUCCAGCCAGAUACCUGCAUCAUGGGGUUGAUCUGAGCUGAGGAGGAGACUCCUGUUGUUUUGUUCAUCUUCAUCAUAAUAAUGACAACAUUAGAUGACAACAGGUGCUCACAUAGGUUUGUGCUGAUGAACAUGUCUGAGCAGCUUGACCACGUUAUUGUGUGUCGGGGAGGAAACAACCACAGAGUCGUGCUGGUUUGAGCGUGUCGCUGCUCGCUGGAGUUAUAUCACCUCUGUCUGGAAGUUAGUUGGAAAACUUUCUCUUUCAGUCGUGAACACAUUACUGAGCGGCUAGAAUCUCCGUUUCUGGGCUUCAACGUCAGAAAACAGCAGCUGAGUGAACUCGGCGCUGAGUGAGAGGAGUGUAGUUUGUCUGAGACAGCGGAGCUGCAGACACCGGCAGCAGGCGCUGGAAAAAAACACAAAGGAGGGGGCGCGUCUUUGUGGUAAAAUUGGCCAGCGGGCCAGUUUUAAUAUAUUUUUGAUAUUUAUCUCGCGGGCCACAUAAAAAUGCUCCGCGGGCCUUGAGUCUGACAUAUGUGAUAUAUAUUGAUCUGAGGUUUUACUUCAGACACAGCAGGGACCAAAACCAAACCUCGGAACAGCUGGAGAGGUCUGCAAUAUUAUUUAAAAAGGGUAAAAAACAGAGUAGGACAUAUUUAUAGAAGGUGAGAAACUGAUACUGAGAGUGUGCAGCAGAAAAGAAGGGAGACAGAGUCGGAGUGGGCAGGGCUUUAGGUACGUGCCGGACCAGUGGGACAGAGACGGGGAGUCAGAUGAGAGCCAAGAGGGAAGGAAAAGGGGAGUGCAUGCUUAAGUGCUCGUGUUCAUCUGUGUGUGAGAGAAUGAAAUCAGAGCGCAAGUGCGAGAGCGUGAUCGGGGAGAGAUGCUCUGAGAAGAUGAUGAGUAACAGGGUGAGGCAGCAGCGAGAGGCUCAGAGUGUGUGUGAGGAGGAGUAGUAGUGUGUGAACAGAGGGAUGCAGUCAUGGCUCUGUGAGAGGGAGCAGCACAGCAACGGUAACCAUGCUGAGCCCCAAGAUAAAACAGGCGCGUCGGGCGCGAUCAAAGAGCAUGGUCCUGGAAGAGUUGUCUCGACUCUCCAGGCCUUGCUCUCCUCAGGAUCAAGACAAAACUCUGAAGGCAGGCUGGCUGAAAAGGCAACGGAGUAUCAUGAAAAACUGGCAGCUGCGUUGGUUUGUCCUGAGAGCCGAGGCUCUGUACUUCUACAAAGACCAGGAUGAAAACAAAGCACAGGGCUGCAUUCCGCUUCAGGGUAGUCAGGUCAAUGAGGUGCUGGCCAAUCAGGAUGAAUCCGGUCGCCACCUUUUUGAAAUUGUUCCAGGGGGAGCUGGAGAGAAGGAUCGAACCGGCAUGAGCCAUGAAUCAUUCCUACUGAUGGCCAACUCACAGAGCGACAUGGAAGAAUGGGUCAGAGCCAUACGCAGAGCUAUAUGGGCUCCACUCGGCGGAGGUAUUUUUGGUCAACACCUGGAGGAGACAAUGUUGUAUGAGGCUCAAAGUGGCCCUCAGCGAGCGGUCCCCGUGCUGGUUGAGCAGUGUGUGUGUUUCAUUCGCCAACAUGGACUCAAGGAGGAGGGCCUUUUCAGGGCGCCUGGGCAGACCAAUCAUGUUCGAGAACUGCAGGACUCCUUUGACCGUGGCGAGAAGCCAGUCUUUGACAGUUCCACUGACGUCCACACAGUGGCAUCACUGCUAAAGCUGUACAUAAGAGAGUUGCCAGAGCCCAUAAUCCCAUUCUCCAAAUACACUCAGUUUAUCUCUUGUGCUCAGCCUCUUACCAAGGAUAAAGAAACGGGCAUCGUUGAAUUAGGCAAACAGGUGAAAUCUCUUCCUCAGGUCAACUACAACAUCCUGAAAUACAUCUGCAUGUUUCUGGAUGAGGUUCAGCUGCACUCCAAUGACAAUAAGAUGAGCGUUCAGAACUUAGCCACUGUGUUUGGACCCAACAUCCUUCGCCCAAGAGUGGAGGACCCUGUUACAAUGAUGGAAGGAAGUUCCCAAGUGCAGCAUCUCAUGACCGUGCUAAUCAGUGAGCACCGCAGACUUUACCCAAAUGAGGAGCUCAAAACAGAAAACAAGAUUCCCUCACGCCAACAAGACUUUCAAAAGGGGAAAGUGGAGUGGCUUUCACAGGAAGAAACUAACCCGCCAACUUCCACAGAUGUAAGCUCUAAACCCCUGAAAGAAAUCACCUCGUCUUUUGCUCCUUUGUCAGAUGAUCCAACUGUACAGAGCCCUGUUCUGUCUGAAGACAGUCAGAUUAAAGACAAAGGCAAACUAGAAGAAAAUGUGGAUGGAGGAGUAGAAGGAAAAACAGAAGGAGAAAUUGAAGUAGCUGUCAGCCCCAGCAAACAGUCUAAAGCCCUUCCUUCAUGGAGGUGCUCCUUCAAGGGCACUGCAGCCUCUGGAGGACCAAAGGGUAAAAUGGGGGGCUCGGCUGGGGACGUGUCUGCAGCUGUUGGGAGCAACUGGCUGAUGAGUGGCCUGUCGUCUCUUCGAGCUCACAGACGCACCACCUCAUCUGGUGAAAAAGUGAAAGACUCCUCUUUGUCACUGAAGGAUUCUGCCCUUUCUCUCAAAGACCCUCCUCUUCUACACAAGGACUCGCAGAGAGACUCUGAUGAUGAAUGCUCUCAAACUUCCCUGUCUCACAGAGGCCUUCACCACCCUCACAGACUGUCCGCCUAUGACAAUGUCGCACCUUCCAGCCUCAGCCUGCCUGCCGACACCUCCUCCAUCUGGACGCCCUUUGAGAUCUCGUUGUCGGAAACAGAGGGAAGUGGUAAGGUAACAAAAUUAGAACAAGCAGCAGAAAGAACGAAUACUUUAGACCCUAGAGCAAGUGGGAGUGAAGAGGAUGUUACAGGAGCAAAUGAAGAAUCCACAAGGAAAGUAACCCAACUCAAACAGGAGCUGAAAAAACAGAGGACAAGCUAUGAAACCUCCCUCCGCAAGUUGGAGGAGUCCUGCUUCAAAUACCAGGCCCAGGUAAACCGCCUUGAAGAGGAGCUGGACCAAGAGAAGAAGAAGUUUCAAAUGCUGAAGAUCCGACUCAGGAACUCAGAGCGGGCACAUCAAGAUGCUGAAAACCGAAACCUUCUCCUCCAAAAAGAGAUGGAGGAAUUCUUCAAGACACUUGGAGAUCUGACAACGGGAGCUCCGCGGGCCGACUAGACCAGAACAGACUGCCUUAGUCUGGUCCUGAAAGCCUUUAUGAACCAAUACCUCUAAUGCAGUGAUAAAUUGCCAUAUUUCCCUUUUGUUCUGUGCCUCCACUGAGCAGCUUUGAUGCCAAACAAGAACUCCUCUGGACCAAGAACUUCUCAGUUUGUCAUUCCAGAAAAUUUCCUACAAAUUGGAUAAUUUACUUACUAAAUUUCUUUCUGAAAAACCAGUAAAAGCCUUACACUCCAAGUGCUACCAUCCACAUGUCUGACAGUAAAUAAAGAGCAAAUGUUUAAAGCUUUUUCAAUGUUAAAGCUUAAAGUUUAUAUUUAUCCUGUGAUUGGUCUGUUAGUGAGGCAAUCUGAAACUCUAAAGCUAAAAUUUGUUCAUCUCACUUUCUAAAACACCACACAAGCUUUACUUUUAGUUGGUAACAUUUGGCCAAACUCUGAAGAGACACCUAGCGGUGCUGAAUGUUUUUAUUUUAUAGUAUACCUGCACUUAUGCUCAGAAAAAGAAGUCUUGCCAAGUCUCUUGUUUCCGUCUUAUUUUUUAUGAGGUGCAAGAGUGUUAAACCCCUAAAACAGGAAAUUACAGCAUUCAUUUGAGAUGUGGCAGGGAAAAUGCCUGCAAUAUGCAUUCUGGGAGUUGAUACACCAAAGGACUGAUUUCUGGACUGCUGAACCACAAAAAGAAUAAAAGGACAAUUUGGGAAUUUGAGACACGGCAGCUGGGAAAUACCUGUCGGGAAACAUUCAUAUGUCGGCAAUAUGUACAGCUCAGUCACUGAUUACACUAAUGCAUAGAUUAUACAAUGUAAGAAAAGUGAAAAUGCAUUUUAAUUGUAUCUCUAAAUAAAACGUAUAAAUAGUAGCUGCCUUAAAAUAAAUAACUGAAAACAA